AUGCUUUUGACAGUCGCUCUCGUGGCGGCGUGUGCCAGCUGUGCUCUCGCGCAUGGCUCUCACGACCAGACCCCCGUUUCUGGACCGCACAGGUCGUUGUGGUAUAACACUUUGCCAGGUGACGGCGGGACACAGGCCGACUCUGUCUUCUCGGGCAUCUCGACCUUCGGCCGGCUGCCCUACUUCCCCUGCCUGAGCAGCGACGAUGAGAAAUACGACAUUGCAUUCAUCGGCGCCCCCUUCGACACCGGCACAUCCUACAGACCAGGUGCUCGGUUCGGACCCAGCGGGAUCAGACAAGGUUCUAGACGCCUCAAUCUCUAUGGCGGGUACAACGUGCCCAUGAAGUCCAACCCGUUCAAUUUCUGGGGCAAAGUCAUCGACUGCGGCGACAUCCCCGUCACGUCCUACGACAACCAUUACGCCCUCCAGCAGAUCGAGGACGGGCACAACGCCCUCCUGACGCGCCAGCCGUACACGUCGGCCUCGGAGCCCGGCAUCUCCAAGUCCGGCAAGACGCUUCCUCGAAUCAUCACGCUCGGCGGCGACCACACCAUCACGCUCCCGCUCCUGCGCAGCAUCAACAAAGCGUACGGCCCGAUCAGUGUGAUCCACUUCGACUCGCACCUGGACACGUGGAAGCCGAAAGUGUUCGGCGGCGCGCCCUCGAAGCAAGCGGCCAUCAACCACGGCACGUACUUUUACUGGGCCAGCGAGGAAGGCCUGUUGGCCAACGACUCGUCGAUCCACGCGGGCAUCCGCACCACGCUCAGCGGGCCCAGCGACUACGACAACGACGGCUACUGCGGCUUCACGCGCGUCGAGGCCCGCGAGAUCGACACCAUCGGCAUCCCGGGCAUCAUCAAGCGCAUCCGCGACCGCGUCGGCACCACCAACCCGGUCUACCUGUCCAUCGACAUCGACACCUUGGACCCGGCGUUCGCGCCCGCGACCGGCACGCCCGAGACGGGCGGCUGGUCGACGCGCGAGCUGCGCACCAUCAUCCGUGGGCUCGAGGGCAUCAACUUUGUGGCCGCCGACCUGGUCGAGGUCGCGCCCGCCUACGACACGAAUGCCGAGUUGACCACCAUGGCCGCCGCCGACGUGCUGUACGAGGUCAUGACCAUCAUGGUGAAGAAGGGCCCCUUGACCAAGGAGGUCAGUCACGGCGAGUACGUCGUCGGCGAGGAUGUGGCGCGCAUGUUGGCCGAAGCCGAGAAGAUGGAGUUGUAG